ACUUCAGAUCUGAAUCAACCUCUUAAGUGGUACAGAAGAAGGGGAAAGGAAUCAUGAUUUGUGAAAGAGAUGAUUUCAGUCUCACUGGGCCAUUACACUUAACAUCUAUAGAUUGGGCUAAUGAACAUCAUCGGCGAUCCGUAGCUGGCUCAUUGGUUCAAGGAAUCUAUGUAGCUGAGCGUGAUCGUCAGCUACAAAGGGACGGUCCUGAGUUAGCUUUAUCUCCAAUAUGGUCUGAGUUUUUCCAUUUUCGCCUCAUUCGUAAGCUUGUCGAUGAUGCGGAUAACUCUAUCUUCGGAGGAAUCUAUGAGUACAAACCGCUCUCUCAAACUGUCAAAUCCAUGGAACUGAGUCCGCGUUUUGUGGUUGCUUUCAGAGGAACGGUUACAAAAGUGGACUCUAUUUCUCGUGACAUUGAGCAUGACAUCCAUGUUAUUAGAAAUGGGCUUCACACGACAACACGGUUUGAGAUAGCUAUUCAAGCUGUGAGAAACAUUGUUGCUUCCGUUGGUGGUUCGAAUGUGUGGCUUGCUGGUCAUUCUCUUGGUGCAUCCAUGGCAUUACUUACCGGGAAAACUAUCGCUAGAACCGGAGUGUUUCCUGAGUGUUUCGCCUUCAAUCCGCCGUUUUUGUCUGCCCCUAUCGAAAAAAUCAAGGAUAAGAGGAUCAAACAUGGGAUUCGCAUCGCAGGCAGCGUGAUCACAGCUGGACUUGCUCUAGCCAAAAAAGCCACCCAACACUACAACCAGAACGACCGUGCAUCACCCGCACCACCUGAUCCAUUUGCAGCCUUAUCCGACUGGUUUCCGCGGCUGUACAUCAACCCUGGAGACCACUUGUGCUCAGAAUAUAUCGGUUACUUCGAGCACCGAAACAAGAUGGAAGAAAUCGGGAUCGGGUUUGUAGAGCGGGUAGCAACACAGCACUCGUUGGGCGGUAUGCUGUUAGGAGGAAAAGAGCCGGUACAUCUGAUUCCAUCUUCGGUUUUAACGGUGAACUUAAGUUCGUCAAGAGAUUUUAAACAAGCUCAUGGGAUUCAUCAGUGGUGGAGAGAAGAUCAGAAGUUUGAGACCAAAGUCUACCAGUACAAAUAAUUUGUAUCAGGUUUUAAAAUUGAGUUAACCGGUAUUAGGCUUCUACUUUCCGGUUUAGCCGGUUCAAUGUAUCGCAGUUAUAAAUAAAAAAAGUCUCUGUAGAUAUCUAUUAAACGAAGUCGUUUUGA